UUUAGCCAGUGCAGAGCAAUGAGCAUGUAAAAAGUCGUGCUUAGUUUCUUCUUCAGUUUUGAACGAGAGAGAAAUACAGUAGGCGUUGCCAUUUUUAGCCUACAUUGUUCGGUAUUGGUUAAUUCUAGAUUAAUGCAGAUGUGUCGCUACGCGUACAACGAACUCAUAUGGCUGAGUCUUGUUGAACAAAUGUUUUUUACAACAAAGUAUGUGUGGGUAACAAACCAAAACCGAAACGUAUCCUUUCAUGAUAAUAAAACGUAGUAAAGUACAAAACGACUAUCAAACGUUAUUUGCCACGGGUCGACUAGCCACUGAAACGUUAAAAAGGAAAAUGCCCAUCCAAUGUCAGUCGUCGUUGGACGAGCGAUAGCAACGCUUGCUAUAUAUUAACGUAUUAUAGGUGCAGAUUAACUUGGCUAAUACUAAAACUUGAGUUUUGGGUGAAACCUAACCAGCCGACUAGAAACGCGGAGUGUGAUUGACAGCAGGUCCAGCAUUAUGCAAAUUAGCGUGGGUGCUGCAGCGCCAGCGCGAGGCAGAUUAGGGCUGUGUUCGGGAUCAGUAAGCACACAAGCUCUGCCUCUCCCUCCCGUACUUCAAAUUAAAAGCAACUAGUGUUUGCCCGCGUGCACUUUCUCUUCAGUCUAACACGUCGAUCACCUACCGUACGGACUAUUUUCCUUUUUAUUCACUUUUAGACGCCGUGUCGAUUGUUUGUUAGCCGUGCAUAACGUUUGUCUGGCGUUUCAGCUUCUCUUUGUGCAGAUAACAACCGUUAGAGCGCUACGGUACACACCUCUUCCGCACACGCUGUUUUAGAUCUGUGGGCUAACGUAUUUGCAACCAAACAAGAAAAUCAUUCGCCCGUUUUUCUUCAAGCACAAAUAUUUAGCGCCUUUGACAUGCACAUGAAAAAAGCAAAGUGUGCUUGCUUGGUUUACAAUUUAAUAGAGUCUAGAUCUGUAUGUAGGUCAGGCUGGGUUUAAGCAGCUUUCCUGAAUCUGCGUCAGCUUAAGCUGAAAGGAAUUUCAAUAAAACCCUCCCUGGUAGGCGUGGGCCUAGAUGAGGCUGGCCUAGUUAAGCCUGAUUUCUUUUUGUGUGUGUGUGUAUGUGUUGUGUAACAGAGGGGAGAGGGACUCCUGUGUGUGUGCAUGUAUGUGUAUGUUUAUAUGUUUGAGAGGGGGAAAGAAAGGACGAGGAAGAGAUUUAGAGGUAGAGCUGGAGAGAGGAAGACAGGAAAACAAAACAAGACAACAACAAAAAGACAUCAGGCACAGCAUGAGCAAGGAUGGCUGCUGUGUUCAUGGCAACAAACAUGGUGGGGAAAGCUAGGUCGUCCAAUUUCACUCUCUCUGAGAAGCUGGACCUACUGAAACUGGUGAAGCCCCACAUUCGGAUUCUGGAAGAGCACACCAACAAGCACGCUGUGAUUGUGGACAAAAACAAGUGCUGGGACAACAUUGCAGACCAGUACAAUGCGCUGGGCGGUGACCGGCCGCCUCGAACUGCCCAGGGCCUGCGCACCUUGUACAAGCGGCUGAAGGAGAGCGCCAAGCAGGAGAUGGUCCAGCGCAAGCACGCCCAGCCAGAGUACCGGGGCAGCAUCUCCGAGCCCACCAAGAGGGUCAUGGAGAUGAUCCCCCACCUCUUCCACCCUCUUCACGAAAAGGAACACAAUGCCAUGCACAGGAUCUUCUACAAGCGCGACUCGCCGAUCGAGCAGCCCGGCAGCAGCUCCUCCCUCCCGGCCAUCUCAGAUUACCAGCCGGCCGCCGUCAUGGUGCGCCUGGACCCCGACAUGGAUGUCAAGCCUCCGCCCGACCUCACCAUUCUGUCCACGCGGAUAGAAGACGGGCGCGACGACAUGGACGCCGGGGAAGAGGAAGAGGAGGGGAUCGGCUCGGUCCAGUGUUUUGACGGCUCCAUCUCCCCCUGUCCCUCGUCGGUCAACCUGGCCAUGUCCCCCUCGCCCAUCCCGCUCAGACGAGACCUGUACGCCCGUCCCGAGGGUCUCCGGCACCUGGCGGGCCUGGAGCACGAGACCCUGCAGCUCUCCAAGGAGGAGCACGAACUGCUGAUGGACAACCAGAGGAAGAUGGGGCUGUACAUCGAGGAGAAACGGGAGGGCCUGAAGAGGAAGCAGCAGCUGGAGGAGGAGCUGCUCCGGGCAAAGAUCAAGGUGGAGCGGCUGAAGGCAGCGCGCCUGAGACACGGGCUCCCCAUUCCACAUAUGUGACCCCCCUGCACCCCAUCUCUCCUGUGCUCCAACCAUGCGUGUGGCUUCACCUGGAUAUUCUAGGUUUUCCAAAUCACCGUAGCCAUUUCUCCCCCCAUUGGAGAGCGGCAACCAGGAUAGGGUUGGAGCCACUUCCUGGUCACCACUGUAUGACACCUUUGAAUUUCCCACAACCAGAGCCGUAGUGUGACGUAGAAUUAACCCCGCCAUCUGCCUGGGUCAAGGUGACUGUGAAUUUCAAGCCACGUGAUAAACUCCACGCUCCUCUGUGCGAUGUGUGUCUUCCUUUGGAUGUUUGCUGUGAUCAGUUGGUUUCAUUCAUGUUUCAUCUCUGUGGGCAUAUUUUAUUGUUUGUGUGGCUCAGAUGCAGACAGAUGCACAGUAGUUACGCUGCUCUUCAAAUCUGCCAGCAGCCCAACAGUAAGGUUAGCCUGCUGUGAGAUCCCAUUGACAGGGCUCUCAUUUGACUUCAAGACUUUAAUAUUUGGCACGGGGGUGACCAACCCUGCUCCUGCAGAACCACAGGAUCUGCGGUUCUUGUGUCAACCUUAAAAUCUAAUUAGUCCGUAAGAGUUGAUCAUUUGUAAUCAUUUGACCAAAUAAAUGUUCUUCAACAGUGAAAUAAAUAUAAUUUACAGUCGAACCUCAGAGAACCAAGCACAUCAGGAAUGAAUAGUCAUUCAGAACACUGCAAUUUUUAAACUCUCAAAGUGAAGUUGAAAUACACCAAUUUUACGAAAUUCAAUAUUUAUUUCAGUUCAGUUUAUUUCAAGUCAUAGUAAAACAAUAGCCUCCUUGGCAUUCUCCAAUUAGUAACAGUAACUAUUAAUAUAAUCUGAAGUCAAAUAAAACCAAAAAUAGGCUAAACUUGUAAAAUGCCUAUAGUAACCCUGGAAAGUCGCUUCCAUUGGCCCAUAGCCAUCAGUGUGGCGCAAUCUUUGCUGGAUUUAAAAUCAUUUGUCUGCUUCUCGUUUCCAUUGAACAGCAAAUUUUGUCCUGUUGUUUUUUCAUGUCGCAAGCUGUACUUUCUUUGUAGGCUACUCCUUAGCAAUAGCUGUUAAGCUCACUCCCAUGUUUUUUUUCUUCAUAUUUCUCAAUUAAUGAGAGAGUCUUGGAAUCAUAUCAAAAUUGAUUGCAUUUUGCAGUCGUCGUUUUGUAUUAAUGUUAUAUUUCCGAUAUCCAUACCCCUUUCGGUUGACCAGACUUUUUGGUUUUCUGAGGUUCGGAUCACUGAGGUUCUGUCAACUCAAUGUAAUCAAGUAAUUUUGUCUUAAUUACAUCAUAACCCAGCAAAGUGACAAAAUACUGAGCUGCCGCUGAUGGACAAGGAACUCUUGAUUCCUGCUUAUUGAAAAAGGAGACGUGUGCACUGCUAAUGCUAAAACUGCUCAUUUCAGAAGCCUUUCAGAGUAAUGUGUAAUGGUUCCUAUAGAAACAAUGUAUUCAUUGAACAGUCCAGCUAUUUUCUUCUUUUUUUAAAGCAGCAGCAGUUGUUUGUUCUCAUUCUUUCGUAUCUGGUUAAUUCCAUGAAAAAUCAAACAGAGUUGACCUCUCUGAUUUUGCUCAAACUUUUUAAGUGUUCUUUAUAUAUUCAAUAAAGAACAUCCAAAAUAUUAGCCUCAUUGGAUUUGUCGUUCUAGGUAUAUUGGCUCUUAAGGAGAGGAAAAACCUGAAAAUGUAUAGUCUGAGAUUAUUUAUUUAUCUUUAUUUAUUUUUUCUAGCUUCAGAUUAUGAACUCCGAUUUUCAUAAUACUGCUGAGAAAAUAAUAAAUCAUGCUGCUUGGCAAACUUCUAAGACUAAUAGAUAUUUUGGUUGCAAACCGCCACUCGGAAAAUAGAUCAUUUAUUAAAACAUUAUACAAUGCUAACCUUGUGGCCUUCCAGAAAAUGACCAAAAACUUGCAUAUAUACAAGUAGUUUGUGGAAAGUUUCUGAUGAAUUAAAAUGAAACUUAAGGUAGUUCAAAAGGUAUAAUAGGCGUACUUAUAUAGUACAAAAACGUGUUGCUGUUGUUACUGCUAUGUCUUGGCAUUUUUUUGUCAUGUUUUCAGUUUUUUUCCCCUGCUCCAGAAUUUGAUUUGAUGCUCCAAAAUUGACACAAAGCCCAAUUUCCACUCGUGAGUGACUUUUUGGGUACCCCUCCUGUUUUAAGAGCCUAGAAUGACAAAUCCAAUGAGGCUAAUAUUUUGGAUGUUCUUUAUUGAAUUUAUAAAGAACAUUUACAAAGUUUGAGCAAAAGUGGAGUGGUCAACUCCCACAGCUCUGGUUGAAUUUUCACCGAAUAACCCAUCUUUUCAAAACAAAUUUAGAUACGUCAACCGUGUAAAUAAGAGAAAUUGAGCAAUGUUUGUCUGAUGCCUGUAGUUGCCGUAUGAGGGAAUUUCAUACCUGGAAUUAAAGUCAUUUUCUAAGGUUUUAUUUGACCUGACUAUUUUGUAUUGUCCUUCCAGUUCAUGGCUUAGAUUUUUUUAUUUUUUUCCCUGCUCAUGAAUAAUAUUUCACAGUUUCUACCUUGGCUGGCAAUAAAAGCUGUGAUUCUGAUUAAAGAGCUGAUGAACCUUUGAUCAGGUUGAAGUUAGCUUUGCUUCAGCAGGAUCACAGUGCAUUAUUUGA